CGAAAAAUCGUCGCUGCCUUCGUCGCCGUAUUUUGGACUUGUCAAACACAUAAAAGCGAGCCGCGGAAAUCACCGUAACAAACUUGCGAAGAAGCACUACCAGGCCAUUUAUACCGCACUUGCGAAAAAAGUGAAAUAUAAACGUCCGGAAAUGGAGGAUUACAUCGAUCUGUCCCGUGAUGGAGGCGUGCAGAAGCGUAUCCUGCAGGAAGGCACCGGCGACGAGACGCCAUCGAAAGGAUGUUCCGUAUCGCUGCAUUACACCGGCACACUGGACGCAGAUGGGAAGAAGUUCGAUUCAAGCCGGGACAGAAAUGAACCGUUCCAGUUCAACCUUGGGACUGGUUCGGUCAUCAAAGCAUUCGACAUUGGCGUUGCAUCGAUGAAACAAGGCGAAAAGUGCAUCCUGCGCUGUGCGCCCAAGUACGCGUACGGCAGUUCCGGUAGCCCACCGAACAUCCCGCCGAACGCGACGCUUAAUUUUGAGCUGGAAAUAUUGGGCUGGAAAGGUGCAGAUCUUAGCCCCAAAUCUGACGGUGGCAUACAGCGAUUCAUCGUUCGGUCGGGCACGAGCCGCGAUCAUCCGAAGAGAGGCGAUCUGGUAAAGAUUCAUCUGGUCGGUCGUCACGAGGGCCGUGUGUUCGAGGAGCGGGACGUAGAGUUCUGUUUGGACGAGGGUAAAGAAUUCGGGGUGGUGACUGGCGUCGAGGUGGCACUGGAGAGUUUCAACAAAGGGGAAAUGAGCCGAUUGGUGCUAAAACCGGCUUACGCAUUUGGAGCAGAAGGAAACAGCGAACUCGGAGUGCCACCGAACGCAACAGUCGAGUAUACGGUCACAUUGAACGACGUCGAAGCGGUCGUCGAUCGGUCCAUGAUGUCGCGCGAUGAAAUGAUAGCCCAGGCCCAGCUACUGCGCGAGAAAGCUACCAAGUACCUGAAGGAGGACAAACACGAGCUGGCACUGAAAUUGUACGACAGUGCGGCAACAUACCUCAUUCAUAAAUCGAAGGAAACGGAUGCGAUUAAAUUGGCCAUCUUUUUGAAUACGAUUUUGUGUUACCAAAAGAUGCAGAACCACGACGAAGCGAAGCUUGCGUGCGUCGAGGCAUUAAAAUUAGACAACAAGAACGUUAAGGCACUGUACAGGCAAGGCAUGUCGAAUUUGGCACUGGAAGACUUAGAUAGAGCCUUGAGAGAUUUCUCUGCUGUUUUAGAAAUUGAACCAGAAAACAAAGCCGCACGUAACCAGGUGUCGAUGUGUAAGCACAAAAUUAAAGCUUACAACGAUCAGCAGAAGAAGGUGUUUGCAAAUAUGUUUACCAAGUUUGCACAGAGUGACUCCAAGAAAGCACAAGAGGAACAGAGCCGCCAGCCGGAUGUAAUGAAGCAAAAGUUUGGCGAGUGGGGUGACGACGAACGUGAACACGAACCGACGCGGUUCGAGCAGGAAAACCCGGACGUUAUCAUGCUGAACGAUUUGCAUAAGCAGUUCCGCAACAUGUGAACAUAUUUCAGCCCAAGAUACGGAGUUUCGUUGCCAUAGCAACAGCAGAGCAGCAGCAAGUGAUUACUACGAUAAACAGCAAAUCGAAUAAGGAGGUUUUCUUUCUUCAAGGAAAAUACACCGUGGUAGGGGCGGAACAAGGACACAAGCUAUAUUUUUGCUACUUACGCGCGAGGCAAAAUGGGAGACAUUAAAUGCGAAUUAAAUUUUGGAACGCUAUGUGACAGUGGUUAGAAUGUAAUAAACUCGAA